AGGGAUUUAGUAAUCAGAAGACGUAAAGGGGAGUGUCUGCGUUUCUCGUGACACAUUGUACACGCACGGUUAUGGCGCUGGUUGGUGCUCAGGUUUUGGAUUUAGAUAUAGACCCUGCUGUGGAGGUGCAGGGUGACUUAUCUAAUUUGCCAGUAGAACAACAGUGGAAAAUUCAACAUGAAAAGCUACAUAUCAAACAUCGAGGCCACGAAGCUAUGCAUGCGGAAAUGGUAUUGAUCCUCCUUGCCACGCUGGUUGUGGCACAGAUUGUCCUGGUGCAGUGGAAGCAACGGCAUUGUCGUUCUUAUAAUCUGGUCACUUUGCUGCAGAUGUGGGUUGUUCCUUUAUAUUUUACUGUGAAACUUUAUUGGUGGCGGUUCCUUUCUACAUGGGGAAUGUUUUCAGUUAUUACAAGUUACAUCAUCUUUCGAGCUACCCGUAAACCCCUUUCAGGAAGGACUCCACGGUUGGUUUAUAAGUGGUUCCUGUUAAUCUACAAACUGAGUUAUGCUGUGGGUAUUGUUGGUUACCUAGCAAUAAUGUGUACUCUCUUUGGUUUCAACCUGUUUUUUAAGGUAAAAACUGAAGAUUCAAUGGACUUUGGGGUGAUAUUACUCUUCUAUGGCCUGUACUAUGGAGUAAUGGGGAGAGAUUUUGCAGAAAUCUGUUCAGAUUAUAUGGCAUCCACCAUAGGUUUUUACAGAGUAGGUGGAAUGCCAACCAGAGCCUUAGCUGAAGAUCUCUGUGCAGUGUGUGGGCAAAAAAUCUUUGUGGAUGUAAAUGAAGAAGGAAUUAUUGAAAAUACAUAUCAGCUUUCAUGUGGUCAUAUCUUUCAUGAAUUCUGCAUCCGAGGCUGGUGUAUUGUGGGGAAGAAACAGACUUGUCCAUACUGCAAUGAGAAGGUUGAUUUGAAAAGAAUGUUGCACAAUCCCUGGGAGCGCACCCAUGUUUUAUAUGGACAGUUACUGGACUGGCUUCGAUAUUUGGUUGCUUGGCAGCCUGUAAUUAUAGGUGUUGUACAGGGUAUAAAUUACUCAUUAGGUUUAGAAUAAUGUAUUACUGCAAAAAAUGUUAUAAAUGGCCAUGUAAAAUAAUUUUAAAUUAUGUAUAGUUUUUAUUUAAACUUGUACAGAUUUUUUUCAUACUAUGAUACUCAACAGUGUCAAGGUGGCCUAUAUUUACUCUAGGUAGCCAGAAUGUCAAUAGUGUUGAAGGUUACACAGCACAUGUAUGGUAACAUUCUUUCUGUAAAUCUGUGAUGUUUAUGCAGCUGUGCAUGGUACUGUGUGACUAAACCAUGUUGUGGUGACACCAUCACAUGGAACCAACAGGACUUUAGACCUAGUCAGUUAAAAAGCUACAACUCUUAAGACUUCGCUCCCGGAACCAGGUAGGAAAAGCCUAGUGCUGUCUGACAUUUAACAUUUGCCUUAACAGCAUAAAAGAAACCAAAUGCAAUGCUGAACUCCACAAAUAAGUAUUUAUGUUUGGAAAAAGAAACACUAGAUCUGUGGCAGCAGUUUUCCUGCAUUUACAAAUAAAGUAAAUUCACUCAUGGAAUUUUGUUUCAAAUGCCACAGCUGCUGUGGAACAAGUCAUGAUAUUAGCCAUCAUAUCUUAAUGAAAUUUCUGUAGGGUUCAAAAUAGAGUAAAAUGUUUAAAUGUCUUAAGCUAUUAAUCUGAUAAAACAAGUUUCUAAGAUUUCUGCAUCAUUUUUAUUCUCUCAUACAAAAUGCAUGUUUCAGUAUUUAGAAGUCUUAUUUAUUUUGAUUUUCAUUGGCAGUUUUUGAAGAACCAUAGUACAUGAGGUUUCCUGUACAUAAUCAUUGCACAUUUGCGUAUGAAGUUUGUGCCUGCAUUGGGAAGACCUUUUGUAGCCUGGUCAUUGUAUCAUCAUGUUAUGAUGUCCUAUAAAAUCUAAAUAAAAUCAGGUAAAACUUUA